CUAGUGCAUUCUGGGAUUUUUUCCUUAAUUAUGUAAUCUACAGCUUUUUGUAAGAAAAAAUAUUUAGUUCAACGAAAAAAUAUAUAUUCCGGCGGGGGUUUGAUUUAUGAAGAAAUCCGGAUGAUGUUUCUGUGAACAUAAACAUACAGUCAUACAGCUCAAGCUCAAAGACGAUGCCGCUCCGCCAGCUCUGCGGCGUUGCUCCUCCUCGCCAUCACCCCGUGACGACCACGUCUGCUCGAUAUCUCGGAGCUCCGCUCCAAUUUCAAAACCCCAGCAAAUCCCCCAAGCCCAGAUCCGCCCUCCCGGCAGCAUCAGCAAUCCCUAGAAUCAGCUCCUCCUCCUCCUCCACCGCUGCGCAAUCACGAUCGGCGGCCAAGCAGCACCUCCUCCGGCUCAUCUCCGACCAAGACCGAGGGUUGAAGACCCAGCGCGACCCCGCUAAGCUCAAUUCCAUCGUCGAGGCCAUCAAUUGCAUAGCGGAGCUAGGGAGGGAUACCGUCACGACGGGGGAUUCCCUUUCGGCUGCGUGGCGGCUGCUGUGGACGACGGAGAAAGAGCAGCUGUUUAUCAUCGAGAAGGCCCCGCUGUUGGGGACCAAAGCAGGGGAUGUUCUGCAGGUGAUCGAUGUGGAGAAAGGGAGCCUCAAUAAUGCCAUUACUUUCCCGCCCGACGGCGUUUUCUUCGUCCGCUCCACCAUCGAAAUCGCUUCCACUCAGAGGCUCAAUUUCAGAUUUACGAGUGCGGUGUUGCGAGGGAAGAACUGGGAGAUUCCGUUGCCGCCUUUCGGGCAGGGUUGGUUCGAGACGGUGUACCUGGACGAGGAGAUUCGAGUGGCGAAAGAUAUUAGGGGCGACUAUUUAGUUGUUGAUCGAGCUCCCUAUACUUGGAAAGAAUGACAAUUUGACAACUUCAAGGUAUAUUUAUGUGUACUAAGUCGUUUAUGCGUCACCCUGUAUAUGAGUUCUUUUUGUAUCGUUUGAUAACGUGAAGCUCACACUUGUAACGCGUAAGUUGCAGCCUUGGAUACCCUAAGAUAUGAUCAUCACUUUCGAAACCCACAUUCAUUCUCUUCGUAUGACUGAAAUUGGUUUAGGGUGCGUUUGGAUAAGUGUAUUUUAAAUGUAAGAUAUUUGAAAUACUAGCAUUUGAAAUGGAUGUAUUUGAAGUAUUA